UCAUAGCGCAUUUGGUAGUUGCAGUUGGUGCGCAGAACAAAGACUUCGUUUUCUGCCACGGUCGGGAGCGGACGUGAACGGGGAUAUGGAUGUGCUGAAGGGUCUUGCCUUCCUCCUUUUUGUUCUACUAGCAUUGGGCAGUGCAAACCCAAAUAAGGUGAAAUCAGGCAAAAAGGUUCAGUGUGAAAGGCCAAGAGAGAAAAUGAAUUCUGACUUUACCUUGACUAUACUUCACACCAAUGACAUACACAGUCACUUUGAAGAGAGCAAUUCAUGGGGAGGUCCAUGUACGCCAAAUAAGAAGAAAAAUAACAGCACGGAGCAUUGCGUCGCCGGUGUUACACGACUGGCAACACUGGUGAAAGAAAUGAAAAAAGAGUAUCCUGAUGCACUGCUUAUGAACGCUGGUGAUUUCUACCAAGGCAGCGUUUGGUACACUGUCCUAAAGCACGAGAUAGUGUCCGAGGUCAUGAAGAAACUGAAAUAUAACGCCGUUUGUCUUGGAAACCAUGAGUUCGACGACGGCCCAGCUGGUCUGGCUCCGUUUCUGGGAAACAUGACACAAGUUGGUACCAAGGUUAUCACAACCAAUGUCGACACGAGCAAAGAGCCAAUACUGAAAGGAAAGAAAGUAUUGAAGUCGCACGUAUUCUGUGUCGACGGCGUCAAAGUAGGAGUGAUUGGAGCAGUUACCGUAGAAACACGGACAAUUGCAAGGCCAGGGUUGGUUGAAAUCCUAGAGGUAAUCCCAGCUCUUGACAAAGAAGCCAAAAAACUUAAAGGGCAAGGCGUGAAUGUCAUUGUAGCAGUUACACACACUGGCUAUGACGUAGAUCCGGACAUUGUGGGCCAAGUGAAAGAUUUGGACAUUCUCGUUGGAGGACACACCAACACGUUUUUGUACAAUGGUACUCCACCUACGGACGACAAACGUGAAGGGGACUACCCAACAGUGAUCAAAAGGGAUGAUGGCUCCAGAGGAUUGAUUGUGCAAGACUUUUGGUUUGCCAAGUAUCUGGGCUUCCUCCAAGUCACUUUCAAUAAGGAUGGAGAAGUGCAGUCUUGGGGAGGCAAUCCAAUUCAAGUGAAUCACACAUACAAAGAAGAUGAAGAGAUGAAAAAAGUUUUGGAUAAGUACCGAGGAAGAGUUGAAGAAGCUGGCCGCCGUCCAAUUGGUAGCUCCAAAGUUGAGCUCUUCGCCGACAAUAAGACAUGCCGCCUCGGAGAAUGCAACAUGAUGAACAUGGUCACCGACGCCUUCCUCGCUCACUACGCCAACGAGAAGUCACCGGAUGACAUGUGGUCCAACGUCGCAGCCGCUGUCGUCAACUCGGGAUUUGCCAAGUCAUCACUGCCCAAAAGCGACAAUUUAACCAUGUUCAACAUAAUGAGAUCUCUCCCCUUUGAAAGCAGCCUGGUCGUCCUUACAAUGAACGGAUCGCAUCUCCGUUAUAUGUUUGAACACGGUGUCCACAACUUCACCGUAACCAGUGACCCCAGGGGAGAAUUCUUGCAAGCGUCAGGUAUGAAGAUGGUGAUAGACUUGGGAAAGGAGAGCUACAAUCGUGUUGUGAAACUACAAAUCCUGUGCACGAAGUGCACAGUCCCUCGCUAUGAAGACGUGAAAGACGACGCCACCUACAGGAUUGCAACUACUUCAUACAUCGCGAAUGGCGGUGACGGUUUUAAGUUCGACCCAGAAGUAAAAAAAGAAACUAAAGGAGUGGUGGAUAGCGAGGUGUAUAUUCCGUACAUCCAGAAGAUGUCCCCGCUGAAGACACCCGUUGAAGGACGCAUCGAGCUACUCAACUACCCUUGUGUAACCGAACGGUCUGACAACUGGAAACCAGAGAUUUGGGUCUAAGAAAAGCACAUCCGCACUGUCCUUAACGACGAACUAUUUCCUUGGACAACAACGUUCUAAGAAACCAACAUAACAGACGAAUGGAACCGCACCCUUCGGGUAACUUCUCAGCCUCCUCAGAGCCAAAUUUUAUCGUUAAUCCUGUAUCCGCUCAGUUAGUAAACGUUGCACUGCUUGUACA